CGAGUAACGUAAACGGAAGAGCUGGGCAUUGUCGAGCUAAUCCGUACGGGUCAGAGUCCGUAUGCGUGCCAUUGUAACUUGACGCUACAUAACUCCGAGCCUGGGUGACGGUUAGAAAAUCGUUGUGUGUAUGUGAGUCCCGACACUGGAGAAGGCAGACGUGGCGCGGCAGUGAGAGAUAAUGCGUAACUUGAUAACAGGGGCUACACGCUACUGCACAGAGUGAAAACUUAGUCCUUCGGUGAAAUCCGACGAAUAUGUUGGUACUUACUAAACGUUUUCGUUUACAGUUUGGAUCUGAGGUUUGUAUGCAUGUAGUGUAUCACUUUUGUUCAGAGCCAGUGUUACAUAUGUAGUGCAUUACUUCAGUAAAGUACAACUUUAUACAUAAAAUGCCUCCAGUGUUGUCAAAAGUUAAGAGUAAAAAACUGCACUCGCAGGCGCGGGAAAUCGUCUAUAACGUUCUGCAGUUUAUGGAAAAUGAAGCGCGAUUGCAGGAACCCUCCAUUUCACUAGAGAAAGCACAGCUGAGAACAGCUAAUGCGACGGAUGUGUCUCGCACGACUGUACAAACAAUAUGAAAAAUGGCUCACCGAACAAUUAAUACAAAAUCUUCCACCAAACAGUGUUGUUGUGAUAGAUAAUGCUCCCUAUCACAAUGUAAAAAUAAAUAAAACGCCUACCUCCAACUCGACAAAAGGAAAUGCAGCAGUGGUUAAGUAAGGAGAAUAUUUCCUUUACUAGCGACAUGCUCAAACCAAACUUGUAUAACCUCAUAAUGAAGCACAAACCUUCGCAAAUGCAGUACUCGGCAGACAGACUAUUGGUAAAUAGUGGCCACACAUUACUUCGUCUGCCCCCUUAUCAUCCGGAUUUGAAUCCGAUAGCAUAUGGGCUAAAGUUAAAGGAGAAGUCGCUUCAAGAAAUGUUACUUGCAAUUUGGCAAAUGUAAAAAAACUUUGCGAGGAAAUAUUUAACCGAAUGGGUCCAGAAGAUUGGAUACCGAUUUGCAAUCACGUCAAGACACUCGAGAACGAAUACUGGGAUAAGGAUGUGCGUUUUGACAUUGAAAUUGAUAAAGCGAUUGUUCAGUUAAGUGAUGCAAACAGUGACGGCAGUGACGUUUACACAUCAGACUCUUCGGAUGGAACAGUCAGUGCGGCGUUGAAGAACUGAGGUAGUGCUUGGAACGUCAGUGGUAAGUGGUCAAUGUUUUCUGCUUUUCUCUACCUGCUGUGCAAGGUCGCCGUAUCUGCUUAUACCCCCUCCUCAUCCACCCGACCCCCCACACGUGUUGCAGUCAACACUCCUCAUGUGUGACGUAGCUCAAGCUCGGAGUUAUAUUGCGCCUAGUGUAGAUACUCCGUUCCGUGAAAUCUGUCUCAGUGUGCGUGAUACGUCUCCGUUUCCGGUCAUUGUAGAAUGAUCCUAAAUGUUAUCUUUCGGUCAGAAAGCAAUAAAACAUAAAUAUCCUUGCCACAAUAUAAUUGCAAGUAGAACGUGCAGUUGUUGGCGGAGAUGACGGUCAGGAAUGUUCACGUUAGCUGGACUGGACUGUAGCGAGCGGAACACGGCCGGUCAUGUUGCACAGUGCUGCCACCUGUUGGCAGCGCGUGAGGCGCGCUGUCCACUCCCGUGCCCCGUCAGUUGGGUCGGGAGCGACGUGUCGAAUGGUGACUGCCCGCACACUGGCUGUUGUGGCUCCAAGACUCGUCUCUCGCGACAAGACACCAUGGAAGAUUGUGAUAAGCAAGUGAAACCUGCAGAAGCUAAACGUCGGCGCUUCUAUUACAGCAAACGCAAGCCUUUACAUCCGAGAAAUGAUGCUGAUGUUACUGAAGUGCAAGAUUCAAGAAGUAGGUCUCGUAAAGUUCGGUCAGAUGAUGGAAAUUGUGCCACUAAUACUACAGCAGGAAGCGCUGGCAAUGUGAAAGCCAAGAGAUUGAGUAGUAGCGUGGGUGCUACCAAGCACGUCACUUUCCGUGACCAAGGGUCGAGAGUGGACCAUGUUGCCUCGAAAAUUGAGAAGGUGUCCGUUAGUGAUACGAAUAAGUUGCCAAAGUUCCAUUAUUCUAGAGAUGAAUUGAUUUCUUUCAAAAACUUACCAGUGUGCCAAGUUCGCCCUUCUGCUUUAGAUCCAGCCUUUAACAAUGGCCAUGGCUUGUGGGACCCAGAGAGAUGGCACUAUGGACGCAGGCGUUCAGAAACUCCCACAGAUGAGGAUGGGAGGGCGAACCGCUCUGAAGAAUCUUACAAGCGCCGUUCUGGAGACCCUCGUGAAAGAGUCCGCAAAGAGCAGGAUGGAAUAAUUUUGAGUCCUCAGCGAAGGAGUUUCAACAGUGGUUGCCAUGUUGAUGCAAAAUCUAGUCGGGCACCAGAAAGUCCAUCUAACAGGGAAUUGGCUGGCUACAGAGAAGUUGCUACCCGCCGCAUUGGCAGUGGCAGAAUACUCUCCAGGGAUGUGUGGGACAAGAAUGUGGAGCCUCAAGCAGAGUAUUUCAAACGUGGUGCUUCUAACAAAGAGCGGCAUGAGCGCAGGCAAUUUGGCCAAGAGUUUGAACGUGACAGAGAGAAAGAGCACAGGCGAAGUGAAAAGAGCCGUUUUAAUGGUGACAGGCGUAGGGGUGGUGAUAAGGAAGAAGUGCCAGAAUGGGUUUCAGGUGGUCCAACUACACAAGAUGAACAAAUAGAACUGCAUGGUUUUGAGGAUGAUCAACCUGAAGAAACUGAAACGCACAUAGAAGAAUCCAGGAUGCCGCAGCCUGCUGUGGAAGAAGUGCCUGCAGUAGAAGAGAAGCCCGUGCAUGUUGACAAUGAACUUAAAACGUCUCGUCCUGCAUCUCCUGUGUCUUCCCAAAAUGAACUGCAAAACUCUGGAACAAAUGCAGAUUUUCUAGAUGACAUAUUGAAGCUUGAUAUGUUAAACUACCCCGAAUUGCUGUCUAAUGACUUGAUGGCGGAGAACUCUUCAGGAUCUCGGUUUAGUCAGUGGUUCAAAAGGGAAAGUCCUGUGUUUGAAUUGUCUCAGAGCAGACGUUCUUCUAUGCAGGAUGAGUUAAUGCCUGACAUUCAGAAAUCUAACAUGUUGAACCUGCCGACACCAGUGUCGGAUGCCUAUUUUGCCCCCAUUUCUCCUGCACCUGCUGCUACAUUUGAAGAUAAUAGAAUGCACAUAAAACCCUCCUUUUUGCUGGAGAUGUUGCAACGAGGGGUUGGCACUGAAGGUGGAAAAGCUCCAAGUAUAAAAGAUCUUGAGGCGGCAGGCAAGGUGCACAGUGUGGAAGAACUGGAGGCAAAAAUGCGCCGGAGCAGCAGCCAGCAUAACCAUAUUCAGCAAGUUCCUGCCAAGCAUGUGGAUGAUUUGGUUGUCUUCAACAAAUUGCUGUCACGUGUAUCUGAAGGGUUAGUGACCACAGCUCGCGGCCCAAAUGGCCAUCAGACACCAGGUGUUGAUUAUCUGCAGAUGCUGGGCAAGUCUAGGCAAGAGCAUCCAGCAUGGGCAGUGGAGAGUCAGUUUUCCAGCCAGCCUACUAGGCCAACAGUGCCUCAACAGUCGGUCAAGAGGAUGCAUGCACAUCAGCAUGAUCAUCAGCAGGAUAUUGUGAACUCCCUCCUUGGUACGGUUUCCACCCCAGUACCGCCACCGCCACCUCCCCCACCACUGCCGCCACACUACUUGGCACCUUCUGGACCGUCAGUCUCUCCCGUGGCUCCAGAUGUCAUGUCAAUGUUUGACAGCUCACAUCCCAGUAGAGACCUCCUUCGCCGCCCAGAAGCUGUAGCAAUCAUCCAAGAUUCAUUUCCACGUACAUCUCCUCUUCCUGGCCCACCGCUGCCUGAAGCAAUGUUAUUGCAUCAGAUAUUUGCUCAACGACCAGGGCAGCAGCAGUUGAGAGUUCCAUCUCCAAUCGGCAGUGGAUACUGCCAUCCUCCUCCAAUAUUGUCUCCAAAUAUUAAUUCCAGCUCCAAUACCUUAACUGUUCAGCACUCAGGGCUUCCUCAUCGUGUACCAUCUCCUCGUGAACUUGUUGUUCAUACUCAAAACAUAAUGCAGUCGGCCCUUAUUAAGAAGAAGCUGGAAGAGCAGUUGGAAAAUUUCCGGAAAAGACAAGAAAUGCAACAGUCUGUGUCCCCGAACAUGUCUUCAGCCAGCACAAGUGCUGGUGGAAAAGGAAGCACUUCUCCAGCCAAACACCUCUCACCUACCCCACUUGCAUUCACACCAACAUCAGUUUUGAGGAAGAUGACAGCUGAGAAGGAAUCUGAUGUCUUGAAUUCUGCACGUCCUGAUGAGCAAAGCAAGCUUCAGCAACUGCAGGCAUCUCAUCUGCAAACUGUACACCACCACCAUCACAACCUCCACCACCAGCAUCAGCAACAUCAUCAGCAACAGCAACAUCAUCAGCAACAGCAACAACAUCAUCAGCAACAGCAUCAUCAGCAGCAUCAACAGCAACACCACCACUACCAGCAGCAGCAGCAGCAGCAACAGCAGCAUCAGCAGCAGCAGCAGCAGCUGCAACAGCAACAGCAACAGCAAAGGCAACCACCAUCACAGCUUUCAAACUCUGUGAAUCCAUGGGGAAUAAGUAAGCCACCAGGUCGAGCGAUUGUGAAAGGCAAUCCAAAUUACCAUUUUAACCCUAACUUGGAUUAUCAUAAGCAGAAGCAUCAGCAGUCACUCUCAGCACAGCAGCAGUUGCUUCUGCAGCAACAGCAGCGAUUAGCUGCCAGUUAUGGAGGUGGUUGCUCGAAGUUAAGUCAUUCAAGUUUAACUGCUGUGCCUCCUCAACAGAUCAACUCCCUCAUUAUGAUGCACAGGACCAACCCUAGGGGAAACUCUGUGUCAAACUACCAAAAUCAGCAACCACCUCAACACCAGCAGCGACAUAGUCCCUCCCUGCAGCAGUAUUUGCUCAAUCAAUCGCUUAGCACCUCAGGUCAGAAAACAGGUAUGCAGCAGCCACCACCUACACUACCUUUACCUACGCAUAGGAUUGGCAACUCCUCGCCGACAAGCGACCAGCUGGCUCGAUGGUUCUCCCCAGAGCUGCUAGUGCAAGCCCAUGCAGGUCAGCUGUUGGACAUGCCUCCGAUUCCAUCUGCCUCGAGCAUACUGAGCCUCGAGGAGUUGGAACGACUGCAGCAGGCCGCUGCAACUGCUGUGCACAACUAAGCUGAAGUGACACUUCUGUUCCUAGCUCAGGCUAAUUCUACCCAAGACUUGUUUGAAUAUUACGACGGUACUCAAGUUGUUUAAAACUUUUGAAUUUAUGGCUAAUGUAGCUCACGUGUUUCAAAAGGUGUACAUAAAUGUAUAUAAUUUGCAAACGAUCUGUGUGGAACAUAUUGAAGAGCUUUACAGUUGUUAAAACUGAGAUCAAAAUGAAGUAAACUAUAAAUUAAAAAUGUAUUCUUUAUUUUGAAACUGUGCUGUUAGAUAUGUGAACUUAAACAAAAACGAAGACAUAAAGUGUUAACGCAAGAUGAUCAUUGAAUUUACAGCUGGAUUAGCAAAUAUAUUUUUGCUAAUGGUGCAUAUGAUAAACAUGAAUUCAUAAUCUUUUUCAGAUAUUGCCAAUGUUAUGUAACAAUUAAUACAAGAAUUACAAUGAUUUUGUGUAAAUGAGCGUCUUUUCUUAGUCACUCAAUUGUUACAUAGUUAUGUAUUGGAAUUCAGUAAAUAAUGUGUUAAAUACAGCAUUUUCUCUUAUUUAUUUUGAUAGGCAAAUUUUUUUUCUCAAUGAUAUUAUGUUACUUGAUUGUUUUUCUCAAAUAUGUUACUUAUUAUUUUUAGGUUCUGCUCUUUCACUUCAGAGAACUGACCAGGGCCUGUAAUUUUUGGUUUAAGCUUAGGUUUUUAUGACCUGUUCCUUUAUCUUCACCUUAAAUGGAGGACAUUUUCAUGUUACUCUUCAAAUGUUUGUAUGAAAGAAAAUAUUGUUAAUUGUGGAGUUUUUUUUUAAGUGUUUGGGGCAAUGGUGUAAUACAAUUAUCAAUAGAAUUUAGUGAAAUUUCUGUACCUUUUCCAGUGCUAUAGGGCCGUGGUCACACAGUGCCCUAGAUGUUUGUUGUAGAUAAAUUACUGAAAUCAGGCAGCUACAUUUAAUCAUAUAUUUAUACACACAUAUCUGGAUUGUUGAACCUAUUAAACUGUAUAUAGUUAAGUUUCAGAAUAGGCAAUACCAAUGAGGUACAAAAUGUGUGUAUGGUAACAUUAUUAAAGCCACAUAGAGAAAGAACAUUAUAAAUUUUAACAAAUACAACAAAAAUCACUCAAAUUUUAGAGUUGAUGGUGACUAUCAGAAAUGGAGAUGAUGCUUAUCAGAAUGUACACUUUUCUGUGCUACUGAUAUAGCCAACCAUGUGGUUGAUUUGUGUUUUUUUGGAUGUUUGUUGAGUGCUAUGUUUUUUCAUGUCCUGUCACAUCUACUAUGUUCAAGCAUGCAAUUUGAAACUGUGAAAAUAAAAUCUAACCUAAAACAAAUUAACUAGCCCCUAUUGGAUUUGUCAGUAUAUGACAAACCACAUUUUUAUUUCAAUAAAUGCAGAAAAUCCCACUAAUUUUCUAUCUUCAUAAAGCUCUUUAUUUUAUAGCAGUCAGUUGUACAACACAGAAAAAAGUUUUGCAGGUAUACUUAAAUAUUAUUUAUUGCCAAGUAGUGACAGUGACAUGAACAUAUUAUUUGAAGUAAAUGUUAGUUAUACAGUGCUGGACACAGUGAGUUAGUUCCGUGUCCUGUGUGACUGCGGCCUUAAUUGUUAGAUUAUAGUUUUUUCAUUAAUAUUGUUUAAAGAAAUGCACUAUAUUUAAUGGCUGGAACCCAAUGACAUUUUUGUUUUGUAGGUUUUGUCUAGAAAUUUCGGUUUUACCCUUUUUGUGAAUUUCAACAACAGCUGAAAUAAAAAAUUUAUAUUUGCAUUUUGUUAUUUUGAAGAUCAUUUUAAUUUUAAGCAUGGUAGUACAUAUAGUAUUAUUGUAGGGCUUGGUUGUAACUUCAGAAGUGUUAGCUUUAAUUUUCAUCAUCUUCACAUGGGAAAUAAGACCUAAUGUAUGUACAUAAUGCUUUAUUCCCAUAAUAUUUAUCACUUGUGAUUAAAUAAUUAUGUAGUUAAGUAUAAAUGAAUACAAAUAAUUAGCCUAGCAACAAAAAUUUUAGAGAAAAGAAAGAUCUAUGCUGACACACACAUCUGGGUUAGUGAAACAUUAGGUACAGUACUCCUACGUGUCAUAUAUAUUCAAGGAUUGUUGGGAUGGUUUUGAAGUAACAAUUUUUUAUUAAUUCAGGAUCUUUAAUUGUAUAUGUUGUACAUUGUCCUUCAAUCUUAUUUAAUACAUUAGUGUUAGUUAACAACCCUGUUUCUGCUGGUCUAUAUCAAUAGUAAAUAAUUGCUGUAGUUAUUUAUGCAUUUAGAAUAUGUUGGUUUUAUUGAAGUAAUCAAUUGUUUAUUUGUAUCUUUAACUAUUUAGUUUUGUCCGGCUUAAUGUUAAAUAGCCUUUUAAUACCAGGUUUGAAUGUAUAAUUUAGCAAAAGCCUUGUAUUUCUAUAGAACAUAAAUUUAAUCAUGUCUCAGAAUUUAUUGAACUUUUUUUUUUUUUUUGUUAUCAGUGUGUUAUGAAUUUAUACACUUAAUGAUAAUUGUUUAAAGGAUGAGAUAAGCAAAACUUUGUUGCAAUGCAAAAAUGUAUGUCAUACUUAACUAAUCAGAGUUUUACAUAUUUUCAGACCUGCUAGUAUUUUAGUUUUAUACUUCGAUUUCUCACUUUUGGUAGUGUGAAUCAUUUAAUUUGCAUAACUAAACCCCUUGAAAAUAUUUUCUGUAUGCUUGUGAUGUCUUAAAAUAUCUUGGCUAACUGCUUUGAUGAUGAUUUUUUUUUUGUAGUUUUUGUUUUAAGUUUUUCGAAAGCCAAGCCCUCAAAUUUGUAACUUUGCAAGAGAGAGAGAGAGAGAGCAAGAUUUUGUGUUUUUCUAAAUAAUGUGUGGUGUCAGUAACAAUAUCUUUUUCCAUGAAUUUAUGUACAGUGAUGAAUUUAUUGUACUUUAAUGCUGUACAGACUUAAAUGGACUGUGCUAGUAUUUUGUAGCUCCAUAGUACUGUAACCACAGUAAAAUGUGAUAUGCUGUGUGGCAGGGAAAGAUGACAUAAUACUUUUGAUUCUUAUAUCCAGUGGCUUGUGAUAUUAGUGCUACAAAAAAUGUUAAAUUAAAAUGAUCUUAAAUUUUAAUAACUGAUGUAAUAAUGUUCUAGUGAUUGUCUUACACCAUUGUAUUUAUAGGAAGUGUAAUUGGCACUUCUCAACCGUAAAAAAAACUGCGGCUUGAAAUGUUAAAAUCUGUUUAUAAUUUUUAAUAUGGUAGUAAAAGAGUUUGUACACAGCUUACGAAACAGUAAAUCAAGUUUUGCUGAGGCUGUUUGGUCCAACCAACAUAAAUAAUGUAUUUAAGAAAAUUUAAUCUUUUCAGGCAGUUUCAGUAAAAAAAAUUUUUACAGUGAAACUAUUGUUUAAAUUACAUUUCUUAGUGUUUCAGAUUUGGAACAUGAAAUGUGUUGCAGAAAGAAUAAAUUACAGGGCAAAAAAGAAUCUUCUUUUAUUUUAGAAUGAACUGUGUAGCUUUUAGAAACAUGAACAUUAUAGGUGAUUUGUAAUAUAUUUUAACUCUGAGUUAAGCAGCAAUUAAAAUUUAUUAUUUACAUUAUUUAGACAUUUAAGUUUCUAAAAUUUGAGUAUAUUCUAACACAUUUUCCCAUCUCGUGCCUUUUUGUCUGUACAUAGUGUUUAAUAAGAUUCAUUUUAAUCACAUUUACAAUAGCCAAAAAAUUAUUUUAAGUAUAUAAACGAACAAAUAUUUAGGGAUAUUUUGCUUCAAUUGCAGCAAAGAAAAUGAAUUUUUUUUAUUAUUAUUUAUUAGUGGAGAACUUUAAAAUGGGAGGUUGUAGGUUAUUUUUUGAGAUGGAAGAGUCUACAAAUUUUUGGUUCAAGUUCAGUAAUAAUACUUUGAGUCCUUACGUGAUAAUUUUUUAGCGAGUCAAGUCCUUAAAAAUAUUUGAAAUAGUUAAGGAGACAUUUUAGAGAAUAGUGAUGUUAAUGUGCCAUUAGCAUUAUUUUAAGAUUCAAAUGUCUUCGAUUG